AUGGGCCAGAAGCUCGGUGACUCGGUCAAGUACACGUGCCAAUUCGUCACCGGCUACGUGAUCGGCUUCGUGCGCGGGUGGGAUAUGAGUCUCGUCAUGGCGUGCGUCAUGCCCUUCAUGGUGGCGUCGCUGGGCGUCCUCAUGACGAGUCUGCGUAAGCGCGCAGUGCACUCACAGCAAAUGUACGCGGAGGCUGGCGCCGUAGCGGAGGAGACGCUGGGAUCUAUCCGCACUGUGUCGUCUCUCAAUGCCGAGAAGCUCGCGAUCGACAAGUACAAUGAACGCGCGGCCAAGGCCGAGGAGACCAACAUCCAGAUGGCCAAGUUCUCGGGUUGUGUGUUUGGGCUCUUCAUGUGCAGUAUCUGGCUCAUGUACGCCGCGGGGCUCUGGUACGGAGGCUCGAAGGUUGCGCGUGGUAAAGCCUCUCCGAGUGAGGUGUUUCAGUCCUUCUUCGGUGUGUUGAUGGGCACGAUCUCACUCGGUCAGAUCAUGCCGAACAUUUCCGCCGUAGCUGAAGCUAAGGGAGCGGCUGCACAGAUCUACAAGAUCCUCGAUACCCCGUCCGCUAUCGACGCGUCAAGAGAAGACGUUGGGGAGAAACCGGAGUCGUGUGUCGGACGUAUUCAAGCUGUCGGUGUUAACUUCACGUACCCGAGUCGCCCCGAUGUGCAGAUCCUCAACGACUACAACGUCACCAUUGAACCUGGCCAGACUGUCGCGUUCGUCGGAGCUAGUGGAGGCGGCAAGAGCACGCUUAUCUCACUGCUUGAGCGGUUCUACGACCCUAACGAGGGCUCCAUUCUGCUUGACGGACGCGACGUGAAGACGCUCAACAUCAAGUGGCUGCGCUCGCAGAUCGGACUCGUAUCGCAGGAGCCUGUGCUAUUUGCCACGACCAUUUUGGAGAACAUCGCAGCCGGUGGCAGCAACAUCACGCGUGACCAAGUCGUGGAGGCUGCGAAGCUCGCCAACGCCCACAACUUCAUCAUGACACUGCCCCAGCAGUACGAUACGAUGGUUGGGGAGAAGGGCGUGUCACUGUCUGGCGGUCAGAAGCAGCGCGUUGCCAUUGCCCGCGCUAUCGUUCGUGAACCGAAGAUCUUGGUGCUGGAUGAAGCUACUAGCGCCCUUGAUGCGGAGAGCGAGCGCGUGGUUCAAUCUGCGCUGAACGAUCUGAUGGACAAAACCCGCAUGACGACGCUGGUAAUCGCUCAUCGGCUGAGCACAAUUCGUCGCGCUGACAAGAUCGUGGUUGUGAACAGCGGCCAUGUCGUGGAAGAGGGGACUCACGACGAGCUGGUGGCAAUUGACGAAGGCAUUUAUCGCAAACUCUACACGAUUCAGGAGGAAAAGGCCCAGGAAGAAGCGCAGGCGGCAGCGAAAGCGUUAGCGUUGGCUGAAGACGGUGAGCCACACACGCAAACGCUGCAGAAACGCAGUAGUCGGUCGGUGAUCAGCGAGCACUUGGACGACGAAAAGGUGGAGAAUCAAGUAAACGCAGGAAACCCGACCAAGACGUUCACGAUUUUCGACGCCAUGGCGUUUUCCCGCCCCGAGAGACCUGCAUUCAUCGUUGGCAUCAUGGCUGCGGCUGUGAUGGGGUGCGCGAUGCCGGGUUCCGCUGUCCUCAUCAGUGAACUGGUGGCGACCAUGACGAAGAACUACACGCUCUUCAAAGUGAACAACAUCGAGUCUGCACUUGAUGAUCUCAAGCAUGACGUCAUGGUUUAUGGUUUGUGCUAUAUCGGUGGAUCCAUAGUCAUGUUCGUGGCUGCAGCGCUGCAGAACUACUGCUUCAAGUACAUGGCCGAGAAGCUCACGUCUCGGCUGCGGGACAUCCAUUUCACCGCUCUAUGCCGACAGAACAUCGGCUUCUUCGACGAGAAGAAGAACGCCACGGGAGCGCUCACUGCCGAUCUGUCGACGAACGCCACUAAAGUCGCUCUGAUCUCCGGUGACUCGCAAGGUCGCAUGGUGCAGGCGAUCUUCACGUUCGUGGCGGCUCUGGUCAUUUCCUUCACGACGGGAAGCUGGCUGCUUACGCUCGUGAUGCUCGCCGUGUUCCCGUUCCUGAUCGCUGGCCAAAUGAUCCGCAUGCGGCAGAUGAAAUCCUCUGGACAUUUGUCGGAUGAGCUCAAUGAAGUUGGCGCGCAUGCAUCGGAGGCUCUCAGCAACAUCCGGACUGUGGUAUCGCUUGGACUGGAGAAGUCGAUCUGCACCAAGUUCUCGAAUUUGUUGGAGGAGCCUUUGGUGAGUGGACGGCGUGAAGCUCAGCUGAAUGGCUUAGCGUUGGGCUUCAGCUCGUUCAUUCUCUUCGCGACCUACUCGCUCGUGUUCUGGUACGGCGGAAAGCUGGUACAGGACGACAAAAUCAACUUCAAGGAGCUCAUGCGAACGCUGAUGGCCAUCAUGAUGUCGGCUCAAGGUAUCGGCAACGCGACCUCCUUCAUGGGAGAAUCCGACAACGCGUUGAAGGCGGGCAAGGCGAUUGUGGACCUUCGAGACCGGGAGCCUCCGAUUGACUCCUUCCAGGAAGGAGGCCGCCGUCUGGAUCAACUACAAGGGAAGAUUGAGUUCAAGAACAUCCUCUUCCGCUACCCGACGCGACCGGAAGUCACCGUGCUGCGUAACUACAACCUGACCAUCGAGGCUGGACAAACUGUGGCCUUUUGCGGACCUAGUGGAGGUGGUAAGAGUACGGGUGUGUCUCUUAUUGAGCGCUUCUACGACCCCGUCGAGGGCCAAGUGCUGCUCGAUGGCGUCGACACCAAAGAGCUCAACCUCAACUGGCUGCGCAGCCAGAUCGGACUCGUCGGACAGGAGCCCACGCUCUUCAUCGGCACCAUCGCCGAGAACAUCGCCUACGGACUCGCGGACAAACCCACGCAGCAGGACAUCGAAGAAGCCGCCAAGAUGGCCAACGCGCACGGCUUCAUCACCAAGUUCCCGGACGGCUACGAGACGCAGGUGGGCAUGAAGGGUGAGCAGUUGUCUGGCGGCCAGAAGCAGCGCAUCGCCAUUGCGCGCGCGAUCCUGAAGAACCCCAACAUCUUGCUGCUGGACGAGGCCACGAGCGCUUUGGACUCGGAGAGCGAGAAGGUGGUGCAGGAGGCUCUGGACAAGGUGGUGGCGCUGAAGCGGCGCACGACGAUCAUCAUCGCGCAUCGGUUGUCGACGAUCCGCAAGGCGGACAAGAUCUAUGUGGUGAGUGGAGGCAAGAUCGCGGAGCAGGGCACGCACCAGGAGCUGAUUAACUUGAAGGGUAUCUAUGCCAAGCUGGUAGAACACGCUGUCAACUAG